AUGAUAAAGACGCUUUCAAUCGAACAAAAAUUUUAUGAUCGGUGUUUAUCUCAGAAAUCCACAGUCCAUGGUCUAAUUGUCAGUGGGUCUUCUAAGGAAGAUGAAUGCGUAUUUCUUCUUCUCGCUUCAAGUGCGAAAGAAUCAAAUGAUAUAAAUACUAUUGACACUUCGUGUUUAAGAAAUGAGUGUCAAAAGGUUUGCCAAAUGCUCCCUGCUGGUUCUCGAGUAUCGGGAUUUUAUUACUGCGGUCCAUUAAACCUUAGCAAAUCCGGUUCAAGAGUGAAGGAAAUAUUACACGCUCUUCAUCAGGAUGAAAAGAACCCAAUAGUGGAGAAAUAUAUCCCAUUAACGGUUGGGGAUAAGGUCUUCCUCCACGUGGAUCCUGCCACAAAGACGUUAACUGCCAAAGCUAUUGGUUUUGAUCAUCCCAAAGAUUUCCUACGACCAGUUGAUGUCAAGGUUCGUCCAGUCGUGGAUCGAUGGAGGGCAAUUAAGACUCAUAUCAACCUGACUAUAGAUACCUACCUCCCUGCUGAGCGACAAAAGGAAACGAUUUUCGCUGAAUUACAUGAAGCUGUGUCUCCCUUUUUGGAAACGAUAACUUCUAAGACACGGAUUCUCCUUAAUGGUGACCUGAAAGAUGAUUCAGAUCCUGUUUUUUCCAAGAAAACUGUUGGCAAACCUGCUCGUCAUUCUAAAAGGCAUCGACAUUUACGUGAGAUUGAACCUCCUUCCACGGACGACUCGAGUUCAUCUCCUUGGGAUUCUACAAACUUCACCCUCUUUAGUUCCGAUUUCCCAUCGUGGCGGCGGACAAAUUCCUCCUCAUCAAUUGAUUCAGGACAUGCCUCCGACGCAUUUACGACUCCAGUGGAGAUUACAUCACCACGACCAGAGGGUUAUAAGAACCUCACCAUCCACGGACGGAUUCCGGGUCUCGCUUUUCUCCCUGUCGAUGGUACUACUGUUGGAGAUGCUCUAAUGGCCUUCCGAAAGGAUCUUGUGCAGAGCAUUAUUCAGCGUUUGGAACUCCUCACUGAAGAGCUACAAAUAAGUGGCGGAGAAGUUGACUGUGCUCGUAUUCUGCUUCCCUCACGAGUCCUAGUCCGCAUUCCAGCCUGCCCGGCCUGCCCCCUCUCAGAUUAUAAGUUCGUCUCUGAGACCCCUGACGAUGUUAUUCGCCGAGUGGCUCUCUUCUGUCGCCCCUUGGGAAGCGCUACACCACCCGCGUUGCUCCGCGCAAGUACCCCAUCUGGUCACAACAGCCCACUGAGUACCCCCGCUGACAGUGGUGAGUGCUCUUCCGAUUCGGAAUUCAAUGCUGAUGAGGAUUCUGUGGACAAAGAAGUAGAAGACGCGGUUGUCAAGAUGACAGAAGGUGGUGAUAAUGUGGAGGAUGUGGAACCGGUCUUUGAUGCUGCCUGCUUGGAUACGCAACUAGAGCGCACCUUUGACUCUGACUCCGUGGAAGAGGAAAUCUCCCAACUGGAACUCUUGACUGAUAUUCAAGAGAUGGCUCAGACGGUUAAACAAUCGCGGGGAAAGAUUCUUCUGAUUGGAAGCGCAUUCGUUGUGCUCAUUCUAAGCACUCUCAUGGCCAUCUACAUGGAGCUAUUGUCUCUGUAA